AUGGCUUCAGGCAUGCGGCUCUGGGUCCGACAGACCCAGGCCUUGACCAACAAGAUUUUCCUCAUUACACUAAAGCGACAUCUGCUUUCGACUUUGAUACGGGCCCUCGUCAUUCCCAUUCUAGUUGUCUCUCUGACGUUGGGAAUCCAAAAUUCCACAUCUUCAGGCAACAGGUUCGGCGUUGGCAGCCCAUCACCCGCCGUGACACUAUCCGACGUGAUCCCUAACAACGCGAAACUCUUCUUCAUCCAAUCCGCCGACGCAGGUAGCGAUGUCUCGGCAGCUAUCAAGACCAUCACCAAUUCCCUCAAGACGAAGCCUAUCGUUCAGGUCCUACAGAGCGACGACGAGUUGGAGCAAAAGUGUCCGACAGACAUCAACGGCCGCACAGAUUGCUACGCCGCCGUCACCUUCAACGAUUCCCCCCUCAGCAGCAACGGCGCCAGUCAGUGGAACUAUACCCUCCGCGUCAGUUCCUCCAAAGUAUCAUCCGGCUUUAAUGUCUUCAACUCGAACAAGGCGGCAAAGAAUCCCUAUGCUCCGCUGCAGCUUGCCGUAGACCAGGCCAUCACCAACUCGACGACCGUUCCCGAUAUGUACAUGUAUACGCGGACGACACCGGAAGAUGAUGCCACCCAAAGACGCAAAGACCUCCUCAGCGGCAUUUUCUCUGGGCUCAGUGUUGUGUGUUUCCUGAGCAUGCUCUCUCUCGUCUAUCACAUGGUCGGCAUGAUAGCCGAUGAACGCGAGUCGGGCAUGGCACAGCUCAUAGAUGUCAUGGGAGGUGGGGCUGCUGCUGCUCGCGUCUUGAGCUACCUCAUUGCUUUCAACAUCAUCUAUCUCCCUUCGUUUAUCAUUAUGGGCGGAGUCUUCUCUAGUCUCCUCUUUCCAUCCUCGAGCGCAGGAAUCCCCAUCCUCUGGCAGGUCCUCACUGGCUGGGCCCUUACCAGUUCAUGUGUUUUCGGUGCUACAUUUACCGUUCGAUAUUCCGCUAUCUGCGCUGUCGCCGCCAUCGUUGGCAUGGCUGUCUUUGCCAUGUCGAUGGAUACUUUGAAGUACCCUAUCGACUCAUCAACCGCCAUCGGUUUCUCCAUCGUCUUUCCCAGCUGUAGCUACAUCAUUGUUCUCAACCUGAUGGCUCGCUUUGAAAGAACCGGAAGGCCGAUCGAUAUCUUCGCAUCAGCUCCUAUGAACGGAGUUGACAUGGAGGUUGAAAUGGCCACCAUUGGGACACUCCUUGGAUACCUCGUGUUCACCAUUGUCGCCUUUCCUUUGGCAACCAUACUCAUCGAGAGGUGGACCCAGGGAAUUAGUAACAAGGGGCGCAAAUUCAGUGGAGGAAUCCAGGCAGAUGAUGGGACAGCCCUACAGGUCAAAAGUCUGACGAAAAAGUACAGUGCCCCGCUUUGGAAGCGUAUCUGCUGCUGUUUCUGCUGCGGCCGGAACCGUCCUUUUGUUGCUGUGGACAGCCUGGACUUUACAAGUCAGAAGCAACAAAUUCUCUGCCUGCUGGGUAUCAAUGGCUCAGGAAAAACAACAACCAUGGACCUCAUCACUGGAAGGCAGAAACCCACAAGCGGGGUGAUCGAGAUCAACGCCGCAUCGUCACAGAUUGGUUUCUGCCCGCAACGAAACAUACACUGGGGGGAAUUGACUGUUUUCGAACAUGCCUACAUUUGGAACAUGAUCAAGGGCGGGUCGGCAACAACGGCAGAGCUGGAACAGCUCGUCGAUUCAUGUGAUCUGAGGCCCAAGAUGAACAGCCAGGUUGCCACCCUGAGUGGAGGGCAAAAGCGCAAGGUGCAACUUGCAUGCAUGCUUGCUGGAGGAAGCACCAUUUGCCUCAUGGACGAGGUGACUACUGGCAUGGACCCUGUCUCUCGACGAGCCAUCUGGAAUAUCGUCCUUGCCGAGCGAUCGAGGCGAUCCAUGAUUCUGACGACACACUUCCUCGACGAGUGUGAAGUCCUCGCCGACCAGGUUGUGGUCAUCUCGCGCGGCCACCUCAAAUGCCAUGGGUCGCCAGCCGAGCUGAAGAACAUGCACGGAGGAGGAUACCGCGUUCGCGUCCCCCAGGUCAACAAUGUCCCGCAGACCAGCUACCCGAUGGCUGUCUAUCAGGGGGAGACGAUCUAUACCGUUCCGGACUCGACAUCUGCCACCAGACUUCUUUCUUCACUCGAGGCUGCUGGGUUGUCUGACGUUUUCGUUACCGGUCCAACCAUCGAAGAAGUUUUCCUUCGCGUCGCCAACGAGCCCGAAGCGCUCGAAAAAAGGGGCACAGGCCUGUCUGAUCUCGCACCCUUGACCAUAAGUGGCGAGGCAUCCAAUGGCCAACUAUCCUCCGGCACAAGCACCACGUUCCUGCAGCAGCUUAUGGCACUUACGAUCAAGCGUCUGACCAUAUUGCGAGGCAAUUACUGGUGGUAUAUCCUGGCCUUAAUCAUUGCCUUGCCGUUUUCGCCAACGUUCACAUCGAUGCUGAAAUCGACAGACAUGGACUUCAACACCGUCCCGUAUGAGCUGCCUUCCUGCAGCGACUUCGAGCCAUCCUUUUUCGAUGAGCCGUCCGCCGUCACUCUAUCGUACUACGGAGACAAGAAACCAGGAGAUGUCUCGAUGAUUGUUGGCCCACAGUCGGCACGAGACAGUGUUUUCCGUGCCGUCGACAAGUUUCCCAUCGGUCGAACGAUAAAUACGACGGACUUUGACUCCAAAUACAUUUUCCAGAAUGACUACGACAGUUUCCUAAAGCGUGUCCACGACAAUGCUUCAAGUAUUCUCCUCGGUGCGAUUUACAUGGGCGACGGAUCUGCGAAACCAACAAUCGCUUACAACACCGAGCUCGGCUACGACUCACCCGUGACGAUGCAGAGCCUCUGGAACCAGGCACGAAGCGGAGUACCCAUGGAAAUACAGCUCGCAUUUUUCACAACCUCGCUUCCUGUCGAUGCUGAUGCAGGCCAGCUUCCUGCAACUCUCCUUGCUCUCAUGCAUUCGGUCUACCCUGCUUUCUUCGCCCUCUAUCCCGCGUUUGAACGACUUCAAAAGAUCCGAGCUCUCCAGUACUCCAACAACGUUCGCCCCCGCCCACUCUGGGUCUCUUACAUCAUGAUCGACAUCGUCAUAGUCACCAUCGUCGCCGCGCUCGGCACCCUUGCCUUGGCCCUGGAUGUCAAGAACUGGUACCAUCCGGCCUUCAUAUUCCCGAUCAUGUGGCUCUAUGGCAUCGCAAGCAUGCUGUGGUGCUACAUCAUCUCUUUGUACACGAGGUCGGAGCUGGCCGCCUUUGCUUUUUCCGCUUGCAUCAUGGUUAUUGCGUUUAUUCUGACCAUCGUCGGCUUUUCGCUUGCCAUCAACAACCCCAGCUCCGACCACCCGAAGCUCGUCAUCGACGCCGUCUCCUAUUCUUUAGGCCUGCUUUUCCCCAUCAUGAACCUCUACCGAGCCUUUGUCGUCGGCCUGAACGUCUGGCUUGUCACUUGCCGCGGCUUUAAGCUCAUCGCCAACCCAGGGUCGUUCAGCGCAUACGGCGGUCCCCUCGCUCUCCUUAUCAUCCAGGUGCUCUACUUAUUCCCCCUCCUCCUAUGGCUCGACGGAAAGAACACCUUCUCCAUGCCAUGGGGCAAGAAGAAGCUCGUCGACAACGAGGAGUCCGUCUCCGGCGCACCGCAGGAUAUCGAAAUGAAGAGCAUGCGAGUAGCCAGUUCGGAAAAGAACCUGCUUUCGGUGGAGCACGUCACAAAGUCGUUCAAAGGCAAGCGCGCCGUUGACGACGUGUCGCUGGCCAUGACCGAGAGCUCGGUGAUCGCACUGCUUGGCCCCAACGGUGCCGGGAAGACGACCCUGACAAACAUGAUGCGCGGCGAGAUGGUGCCUGACUCUGGCCGUAUUUUCGUACAGGGCCUCGAUGUGCAACAGGACACGCAGGCUGCGAGGCGGCAUAUUGGCGUCUGCCCACAGUUUGAUGCGCUGGACAAAAUCACGGCCAGGCAGCAAUUGGAGUUCUACGCCCGCAUUAAGGGCAUCAAGGACAUGAAGCGCGAUGUCGAUUUUGUCAUGGCUAGGGUGGGGCUGACGCCGCAUGCCUCUCGUCUCACACAUAAACUGUCUGGCGGCAACAAGAGGAAACUGAGUCUCGCGAUUGCGCUACUAGGUAACCCUGAAGUUCUCAUUCUGGACGAGCCGAGCUCUGCAAUGGACGCCAUCGCGAAGCGUGAGAUGUGGAAGAUGCUGUCAUCCAUUACGCCAGGACGUUCUGUUCUCUUGACGACGCACUCCAUGGAAGAAGCAGACGAGCUUGCGACUUGUGUAGCCAUCAUGUCGAAACGCGUCCUCGCCAUCGGCACGAGCCAAGAGCUCCGCCAGCGCUACAGCAACGUCUAUGAUGUCCACCUCGUCCUGGCCACAGCGCCAGGCUCCACACGCAGCGAGAUGCACAACAUUGAGUCGUGGGUGCAACAGGUCUUCCCGGAAGCAUCCUUCGACGCGGCCAGCCUUGGUGGACAGGUGCGGUUUGUCAUGCCCGUCGGGGCCGGGCCUUCGCCUGAUGGGAGGAGCACGGUGAGAAGGUUGAUGGAGACGCUGGAGGAGCAGAAGGCGAAUCUUGGGCUUGCCCAUUAUACGGUUGGAAUGGGCACUCUGGAGAUGGUGUUCUUGAACAUCAUGAGGAAUAGCGGUGCGGCAGAAGAGGAAGAGCAGAACGGGCCCAACACAAGAAGAAAGGGCUUGAGGCGACUGGUACCAACAUUCAGGUCGGGUGGACUAUCCUCAUAA